GGCGAAAUAGAAAUAGAGAGAAGCAAGAUACAGGCUGAAUGUGCCCAGGCUCACCGUGGGAAAUUGCGUCAUCAACAAAAUUUACGAUCGGUUGGGGAAGAAAUUAACGGGACUGUUCUUCCUCUCUGCCGUCAUGUCUGAUAAACCUGUCUCCGUCGUGCCUCUGCUUUCUCGAGCACUUCAUCGCAUUCGCUCAACGCCCCCCCGAAUUAUCGCCUCGCCGCCGACUCAGCCACGUCGUGCUGCAGUCGCCAUUGUCAUUCGUGUCGUUCCCGCCCCAAGUUACAGCGCUUCGACGACCUCCACCGCCCCUCCCCAACUAUCUGAGUUCUUCCAGCUAGACUGGGUAAAUGACCCCAACGCCCAGCCAGAAAUUCUCUUUUUACGAAGAGAUCAUCCUGUGAACGACGACGGAACUGUGCCUCCCAAGGAGGCUCAUGUCGCAUUCCCUGGAGGUAGAACAGAACCAGACGACGAGGGUGGGGCUUAUACUGCUCUUCGCCAAACAUGGGAAGAGAUAGGCAUAGAUCUUGCUGAACGUGACUACAUCUGCAUCGGCCAACUGGAUGACCGUGAAAUUACGACCUCCCUCGGAAAACGAUUGUUAAUGAUUCUCUCGCCCUUUGUCUUUCUUCAAGUUUCCCCUCAUUCCCCGUCUCCAGACCCCGCCCCGUCUACGACCCUCCAUUGGAUACCUCUAGCGUCUCUCGUCUCUGCUCAUCCGCCGCCCAAGUGGUCCACCGUCACUGUCGACGCUGCCUCUCGCCUCGCCCCAAAACAUUCAACCGCACUCCGCCUCCUUGUUCGAGUCUUGAUUGGAAGCAUGGAGUUUCCAGCUAUCGUCUUAGGCCAGGCAUCGUCCCCCCAUCCACCUCAUGUUCUCAAACUCUGGGGACUAUCCCUCGGUAUGACACUCGAUUUGAUGUCAUACAUGAUCCUCCCCACCCCUUCCUCGAAGAGCGCACAUGACCCUGAAAUAAACAUUGAGAAAGGUCGCUCCUCUCCUCUUUCCCCUGUCAUGUACCUGCCUUAUCAAAGCGAUGUUCCCGGCAUGCGCACCGAAGUUGUUGCUCCAAGUCUGGCCAGUGUGUUUCCCCGAUUUUCGUAUCCUGACGUUAAUUUCUGGAUUUGGCUAUUUGGUAAACGCUAUCGUGAAGUUAUCCGUGGCUGGGAGGCCAGUGUGCGAUCCGGCAAUAACAAUGACAGGAGAAUAAACUGGUCGGGCUCUGCAUUGAGCACAUUCUAUGCUGCUAUUAGAAAGGCCCUCGUCGUUGUUAUCGUUGCACGGGCUCUUGGUAUCAUUUUCGGCUUGGCCUUUGCUGGUUGGUGGAUAUUCACUUCCUAGACAAUUAUUUUUAUUUCUUUUGUUUCCCCGGUGUGGAAGUGAAUGUAGUGUCAACUGAUCGCGGAGUGAUCCUAACUUGGAUCGGGAUAUAUAAUGCAAUUACAGCGGAUUGAAGCACGCAUCAAGCUUAGCCCUAUAGAAGCCAGUACUCAGCGUCAUGUAGCAAGGUACUAAUGGUUACUUCUUUCUUCUUGUCUUCUUUUCUUUUUUACUCUGGAG